GGUGGCGCAGAUUAAUUUUGUUGCCCGGCGUCAUUUUAGAAAACAAAGGCUGGGAACCAAGUAAAUGAAUACAACUCCGGACAAAUUCUGAUGUCGGACGUCCGUUUAACCAACUGAAACAAUUUCUUUACGAUGUCAGGAUUCACACAUGGUAGCUUUCCACGGACUGGUCUUUUUCCUGCAGCUGAAAGUAUUAACCAGAAUGUCAAAAUAGACACUGGUGUAAAAAACAAUGAGGAUUGGUUGAAGAACAAGAGUUUUACCCAUGAUACAGCACAGAAAUUGGAAGAGUUUCAAAAAGAACUAAAAUGGCUGCAACAAGAAGAGAGUGAUAUUCCCGAAACAUCAGCUAUUAUUAAACCAGUUGUUCAAGUCCAAGAAGUACCGAAGGCCACAGCAGAGGACUCCAAAAGUUAUACACAUGUAUCGGAAAUUCAAGAACCAGAUAUUCCAGGGCAAGACUACAAACGAGAUAAACUUGGAAAGAAAAAGAAACGCAGACACAAAUACUCUUCAGGAGAUUCAGACUCGGAGAAAGAGAGAUAUGACAGAAAGAGGUAUAAUUCUGGUGACUCAGACUCUGGUUCAAAAGACGGCAGAACAUACCACAAAGAGAGGAAAAAGAAGAAGAAGACAAAAGAUUAUUAUUCAAGUGAAAAUGAAGAUAAAAAGUCGAAGAAAUCUAGCAAACAUAAGAAGAAACAUAAGCAUAAGCUGUCUGAGAGGUAUUUAAGGUCACCCCCAAAGGAGAAAACAAUACCUGGCUUGUUACAAACAAAGCACAUCUUCCUAAACGAUGUUUAUGACAUUGCCCCAGACCACCCGUUUAAGCUGGACCGGGCUCCAGACAAGAACAGCCUCACAUAUGGUUCCCUGUACACCGGACAUGUUGCUGAGUACCGGACUACAUGUAACCAGUGUGUCGGUUCCCUUGGCAAAGUGCCAAUAUUUGUUCAUGAAAAAGUGAAGAAAAAAGACAAGAGUGCCGGGAACCGGUAUUAUGAUCGAGAGAACAGAAAGUUAGGGAAUCAAUAUCCAAAGGAAAGAAUAGUCAUGAACUUGGGUGAUUCUAAUAAUGUUGAAACAAUGCCAGAGUUUGUUGCUUUUGGGAAAGACCCUACAAUUGGUGCUAUCGGUGUGAAAGUUGGCGACAUUCAAAAUGUUAGAGAUACAAUUCUUGACCCAGCUACAAGUCUUUAUGUACAGGGAAUGGGAGGCAAAUCAGAGAUUAAUAAUAAAGACGACAUUAUUGUUGAAUUAGAUGAGACAAGGGUAAAAGUUGGGGAAUAUAACAGAAAACUCAGGGAAAAUCCGGGCAGUAUCAAACUAUGGCUAGAGUUUGCUAAAUUUCAGGACAGUAUUUCAGCUGAAGCAAAUCUAAAAAAGGAAAGUGUGAAUGAAAAGAAGAUGACUGAGAAAGCUGUGUUGGAAAAAAAGAUAAGCAUCAUAGAGAAAGCACUUGGACAUAAUCCUGGCCACAUUGACCUGCUUCUUGCCAAGAUUGAGCUAAGUGCAGAGAUAGUUGAUUCAAGCAAGAUAAACAAAGAUCUUGAACAACUUCUGUUUGUCCAUCCAGCCAAUACAAAGCUCUGGAAAUACCACCUCAUGUUUAACCAGUCCAGACUGACUGUGUUCACUGUUGCGAAACAGUGCAAACUCUACCACAAGUGUUUGAAAAUGUUGCUCAGAAUCCAUACUGGGGUUUUGCAGACUCACUCAGUUCCUGAAAAUCUGGAACAUGAAAUAAUUGAGAUAUUCCUGCAAUACUGUCAGUUCCUGAUUCAAGUUGGCUUCAAUGAGCGGGCUCUAGCCACAUUUCAAGCCAUUCUGGAGUACAACCUUUUCUGCCCUCCACUUUUGAAGAAUGCAUCUAAAGAAAACAAGAUGGCUAACUUUGAAGAGUUCUGGGAUAAUGAGUCAGCAAAAAUUGGAACCCAGGGGGCUUGUGGGUGGAAUCAGACUGGAAGUGAGGCUGGAAGUGAUGUGCUGAGUAAUGACCAAGAUGCUCUUGAAGAGCAAGAGGAGGCAAUUAUAGAGAGGAAGGAAAGCAAACAUUUCACCUGGCUGAAGAUCGAGUUGCUUAGAGACCAUCACCAUUGGUUGCCAUGGAAACCUGACCUCUCCAAAGGUCAGACUGAGGAGGAUUGUGAAGACCCUGAGAGGAUGGUCGUGUACGAUGAUGUAAAGCCAGUGGUGUUUGAUAUCUCAGAGAUGCUACAUUAUGACCUUGUUGUUGCCUUGCUUGAAAUGCUAGGACAUGAACCCAUGGGGUGUCCGAAAUCAAAGUUUUCAGAUGCAUUUGUAAGUCUGUCAGAUAAACUUAAUGCUCACGAUGAUCAUUCUAAUUUUAGUGGAGCUGUCUUCGAACUACAAAGUACAUGUGAUCUCUCUCAAAAUCCAGUGCUAAAACCAUUUGUGAUAAAUAUUUUGAAGCAGGUAAUACCUUGUUUCAAUGGAAGUGAGAACACAAGCUUGACAUUGAUGUUGCUAGAAGUGCAGUUAUCAUGUUACAAGAUGAAUAAUCUUUCAAAGAGUGAUAAAAAGGAAAUUCGGAAAAUUGUUAAGAAUUUGUUAAAAGAUGAAAAAAAUAGGAAUAACUUAGCUGUGUGGUGCAGGUACAUUGAAAUAGAACGCAUCAUAGGAAAACCUGGGGAAGCUAAAGUGAUUGCAGAAACUGCAAUGGCAAUGUACAGCGGAAAAAAUAUUGAGGAAACAACACCUGAAUCUAAUGGGUUGAUUGAUCUGUAUUCCCUUUAUUGCGAUAUCUUGAUGGAUAUCAAUCAUGGAAGAUCGUGUGAGUUGUUGUGCAAAAAGACAGGUGCUAGUUUAGAUGUGAAGAAAUCAGUGUUAGCAACUCUUGCUUGCUUGAUGGAUGAAAAGAAAUUUGAUCCUAAAGCUACUGGGGAAAUUCCUAGUUCUUCUGUCCUGAAAACUGUCUCCAAGUUUUCCAAAGCAUUAGAAAGAGCAAAUGCUAACUUUUUUCGAAGCCCAACUCAAGAUAACAAGAAUAGACUUUUAUCCACAGUUUGGUGCUACGCAAAGUUUACCUAUUGCAAAAGUGGAUUAGAAUUGUCAGUAGACAUGAUCUCAGAUGUGAUACAAAAUCUUUACUUAUUGACUGACCCUAGCGUAACUAGAGGCCUCCAUGAAUACAAACUCAAGCUGAUAGUUCACCACAUGGCUGUGUCGUCAGGCCUGGUAUCAUAUCUCCGAGACCAUCUAGAUCAGGCGCUGCAGGCCUUUCCCAAUGAUCCGAUAUUUUUGUCGUUAUUUGUGGACAUUGAAAGGAAAUCGAAGAUCAGCGGUCGCUUGAAUCGGUUCUUUGACAGGGCGUGUAGGAUGGCAGAAUCUCAUAUUCCAGUUGCUGUUGGAGUGGGCUUUCUCUGCAGUGUUCUUCAGGAUAGAAAAUCUAUAGAUUACAGUUCAACACUGAGCGGACUGGUUCAUCGUGCAAGAUCAUGGCUGGAACACAGUCUGUCUACAACCUGUCUGGAACACUCCAUCCUGCUAUGGCGGCUGUAUCUCACACUUGAGAGCGAGGUAGAGGGAGGGGGCAGACUGAAGGGCGUGUUCUACAGGGCCGUACAACACUGCCCCUGGGCUAAGAGUGUGUACCUUGACGGAGUGAGACUUCUGGGUGAGGUGCAGCUGCAGGAGAUUGUGGACCUCAUGACAGAGAAAGAAAUACGCGUCCAUCUGCCUACUGAGGAACUAGAUAUCCUCAUUAGUCCAUAACCGCAAGUCAUUGGCUAUGGGCUAUGUCGGGGCAGUGAACAGUUUCAUAGGACCAUGGACCUCAUGACAGAGAAAGAAAUACGCGUCCACCUGCCUACUGAGGAACUAGAUAUCCUCAUUAGUCCAUAACCGCAAGUCAUUGGCUAUGGGCUAUUUGUGGGAGCAGGGGACAGCUUCAUGGGAUCACGGACCUCAUGAUGAAGAAGGAAAUACAUUUUUGAGAAACUAGAUAUCUCGUCAGUCAGUGAACACUUUUGGCUAAUUGAUAGACACAUAGAAGUUCUGAUUUUGACUGUGUUCCAUCAAUUUCCGCACAUUCAUAUCCACAUUGAGGUCCUGGAUAGUCUACUCACAAGGCCCCAAUUUCUCGAAACUACUUUAGUCCCUUAUAACAGAAUUAAACUAUUCUCACAACUUUGUUGUUCGUUAAAAUGUGUUAUAUUUACUUCAAGAAUUUUUAGAAAUUAUGUAGGAAUAAUCUGUAUGAUUAUCAGAGCAAACCAUUUUUUAUGCCCCCUUUUGAAAAAAGUGGGGUAUAUUGUUUUGCACAUGUCGGUCGGUCGGUCGGUCGGUCGGUCGGUCGGUCGGUCUGUCUGUCUGUCGGUCGGUCGGUCGGAAUACCAAAUGGUUUCCGAUCAAUAACUUGAGAACGCUUUGACCGAGGGACCUCAUACUUGUUAUUUAUUAAAAUCCAUUUUCAGUAUAUAUUUUGGCUAAUUGAUAUAAGCGACUUAAGCCUGUUAAGCUUAAGAAGUUUCGAGAAAUUGGGGCCUGAUUAACACAAUUACUUGUGUUGUAGAAACUUUCAAAAUUUGGACAUGUAUAUGCUUUGUCUUAGUCUGUCAAAACAAAAAACAACAACAUUAAAUGACAUUGAUAGUGGCUGCUUAUAUGGACUAGCUCAUCACAUUAGGGGCAAUUCGCCAGAUCAUGUUGGGAACAUUUCAUCAAUUAUCAAACCAAAAAGAAUUUUAUUGUCCAUCUGUCUGAAAAGAAACUAUGUAUUCUCAUUAGUGUGUCAACACACCGGCUGUCAUGUGCUUGUCAAUUAUUAGUUACAUUUGUUACGGGAAGAUUUUUGUUUGAAAGUGACUGAACUACAUGGUAUCUUUCAUUUCUGGUGCCCAAUUGGUGCGCAUAAAAUAUGAUGCUUUGGAAACGGCUACAUGAGAGCUGCGAAUCUAAAGACCAAAACCGGUCUUAUUUUAGUCAAACAAGGAAAUAUCUCAACAAUAUCAAAGUCUAAUUACAGCUAAGGUUAGAGGGUUUUGCACUAGGACAAUGACACCAUGGCUAUGACAAUACCUAGACUUUUUCUGUAAAUUAAUAUAGUUUCUUUUUAGCUUGACUGUUUAACUAUGAAAAAAAUAGGACUAUUGUGAUACCAUUGGUGUCUUCAGUGUCAUUCAAUUUUUGUUUUAAUGCAAUUACUUCAAAUACCUGGAACUUGGAACCGUUCAAUAAAACUUGGUACACAUGUAGCCAGAAACAAAACGCACAUUUAGAUCAAGAUCCAUAACAAAAAGAAAAAAUCAGAAAUAUGAAACUUCGUCGCUAAAUGAAGCACAGUUUAAAAUAUUCAAAUGAAACUUUAAACAUGUGUUGUCAGAGACAUUACUCGCAUGCAAAUCAGGACCCGUAACUAUGGCUUGAGUAAUUGUUGAGUUAUGCCCCUUUUGACAAAAAAAAUAACAGGCAAGCAUCAGCGUUCUUAGCACUCUUGUUUGAUUAUACAUAUAUACAAAUUUGAUAACAUAUAUAAAUGAACUAUAUGCGUAUAAAAGUUUGUCAAAAACUAGUAAUUUUCAUAAUUAUAUGUUUUUUUAAGUCUAUAUAUCAUUAUAGAAUAAGUAAAAUUGUACUUAUUCAAAAUUUCCUUUUGCUGGCAAUUUUUUCUCAUUGGAAAGGCCUAGGCGCUAUUCUAUGUAUGCAAAAUACAGCCGUUGUUAUCAAUUGUAAAUGUUGAAAAACAUGUACGUAUUUCUCUGUUUAAGUAAAAUGGAAAAUAUUACUAUGUGGAAUUAAAAUUUGCAUUCCA